GCAGUUUGUACUAAUUGUUUUGAGAAAUGCAUUAACUGUUGUGCAAAUGUAAAUAGUGUUGUGAGAAAUGCACCAAAGCCACUGAGAAAAACUGUAUUGUUAACUUAAUUUCGGCAACAUUUUUACAGAGCACUCAUUUAUCAUUAUGAAGCUGCUUGGAAAUGAUAAAUGAAUGCACUGCUGUCGCAUUAUGCCAUUAUAUAAAGUGUUCACUUUGACUGAUAAUGAUGAGGUGGAGCGUUGGGAAUGAUGAGACGGUUGCGGUGUCUUUUGCAUACACACUUUUAUCUUCCUUUAACAGCAUCUGUUUUUCAUAACGCUUCUGGAAGAGCCACUACACACCGCUCCAUCAUUUCCUUGACUUCACCUCAAGAUGGAGAAGCCGAAAUUCUCUCUGUCCACCCUGACCAGCUCGCGUAGCUUCCUGCACAUGGCGCAGAUCGUGAUGUGUGGGGUCACGUUUGUGGUGGGCUACAUUUGGGGUCACCCCAUGCACACCUACUGGAUCUACAGCAUGGUAAUCUGGGGUUUGUGUCCGAUCCUCACGCUGCUGAUCACAAUAAUAGAGAUGUUCCUCAUACACAAGCUGAUCUUGGUGUUUUGCAUGGACUGGGAUGACUUCACGACCGGCAUGGCCAUGAUGGCGGCGCUCUGCAACUUUUCCUGCACGGUCACGAUGGCCAAUUUCUACAUAUGCCGGAAGUGCAUUUGGGGUUGGGUGGUCUCUAUUCUGUCAGCAGUGUGUUGCGUGCUUUACUCAGUGGAGACUUUUAAGGACAAAUGUGAUUCGUCAAGAUCUGCGACGUACGUGGCCGCACUUCCAGGCUUCUUGAAGAUACUUGAAGCCUUCGUUGCUUGUGUUAUCCUCAUUUCAUUGAUCGGUUACACCGGUAAACCUGCUUUAAUCUGGUGUAUUGUAGCCUAUGUGGUUCCCUUGCCUUUGACUCUACUGGUUAUAAUCACCAACAUCUUGACCAAGAUCAAAAACUGCCUGCCGUUCAGCAUUGACCGUUUAACCAUGCUCUUCUUGAUCAUUUCAGUUCUGCUUUACAUUUCGGCAGCAAUCCUGUGGCCGAUCUACAGCUUCAGAGGAAACCCGCGGCCUAAAGACUGUCCUGGGAACAGCUGCGUAUGGAGCAUCCAGUUUGUGGUCACGUUCAUGACUUAUGUUAACUUGGGUUUGUACGUCAUUGACUUGGUGUUUACCUGCCUCGGUAUCUGUGGAUUCAAACGCUCUUAACUCUUAAUCACUCAGUAAAUGCACACUAAAGAUUUCUAAAGGGGGUUUUGUAGGGUUGGUGUUAAAGAAUCAGUUUAUUUAUUCAUUUCUAAGUGGAGAUUUUCUUUUAUAAAGGGUUGAACUAUAUGUUUUUGAAGCCAUCACAUGUUUAUGUAGUUAAUUUGAUUAUGUUUUCAUGUUCAUUCCAUAGUCAGUUAGUGAA